AGUAAAUUACUCCUAAAAGUAUUUUUUCUCUAAAAUGUUAUUCAACUUGUUCCUACCCUAAUCUCUUCAUAGUGUUUUAUUUUGUUCCACAUUUUUCCUUGUUUCAGAUGUAACAAGACAAAAUCUUCACUAAAGAUUGAAGAUCUUUAAAUACAUUUUAAAAAUCCUUUUUUACGUAUUUCCUCUUGUUAUCGAAACUGAAAAUGUAGAUUAGAUUCUAAAUAAAAGCAUCCAUCCUUUUCAAAAAUAAAUCUCUAACGAAGUUGACACUAAAAGCUUUUAUUUUGAAUUCUAAACUAAUGUAAUCAAACUUCCUGCUUCUCUGGAGCUGCAGUUCAGCACAUGGCAGUCACAGGACCAGCCUUGUUACAUCACCUUGUGAACUUAGUACCCGACACAUAAAAACAGAUUAAAAUGUUUUCUCCACACAUAGAAACAUAUCUGUAAUUAAAUACAACAGUUUAAAAAAAUUAACUAUAUUGGAGCUCUUUAGAAAAAGCCCAGAAAAGUUAUGAUGCAUUAUUUCCUUUCUUUCAGAAAUGGAGUUUACCACAGAGAGACGAGACGGAGCCGAACAAAUUGGUCUCUCGAUGUCCGGAUGGAGAAGCUGAAAGAAAACUGGAGCACAGCAAUCAUGGACCCACAAAUACAAAUACUGCUUUUGGAAAACAUUCCCAUUUCUGUUUAGGACACCAAGACUUAUUCACAAAAUAAGUGUGAUUUUUAUCACUAAACUCCACACAGUAAUUGCAUUUAAUCACAUUUUCACAUUUAUUUAAUGAUGGAGAACAGUAAAAACAGCAACUCCAACAAUAUGGAAGGUUUUGAGGAGUUUUAAACAUCAUUAGUGACUAUUAUAAAUUAUAAACAAUUCACUAAAUACCCAUAACAUGUCUAACAUUUUAUUUACCUAAGACAUUCUAGACCUGAUAGUUUUUUAAUGUGAGAUUCUGACGAUAUUGUGAAAAAUUUGCUGUUUUAUCAAAAGCUAAGAUGAAUUAAAGAUAAAUCUGUAAAUCUGUUUUUUCUGCUGGUCUCUUUGAUAAAUUCAACCUGAUUUUAAUUUAUUUCAGUUCUAGUUCAAAUCUUACUUACAGAAAUUUGAACCACACCAACAUGUUUCAAUGAAACUGUUCAUAUUUUAAAAAUUAUUAAAAACUAUUAUAUUGUUCAUUCAUUUAAUUUUCCUUCAGGAUUGAUAAAUUACUGCUGAUUUAACACCUUAAAGUGCCACGCUCAGUCCAAAGAGAUGCACAACUUAAUUUUAAAUCAUAUUAAAUUGUCUCUCUGUUGCCAUGGAAACACUUUGUGCUUCCAGGAAGUUCCUUUCAGAGGUCACAUCACCGGCGGGCUGCAGCCAGGGAAGAAGGUGAUCUUGGUUGGGGUUGUGGAUCCGAGUCCUGAUCGGUUCUACAUUGCUCUGACAUGCGGCCGUGGGUCCAGGGAACCGCCACCUAACGUGGCGCUGGAGCUCUGUGUUCGAUUUAAAGACAGACAGAUCCUGCGGAGAGCCUGCAUGUCGGGAUCCUGGGGCGAAGUGGAGAGAGCGGUUCCUUUUUUCCCUUUUAUCAAGGAUCAGCCCUUUAAGGUUGAGAUCCGCUGCGAACACGGCAGAUUUCAAGCGCUUGUGGACGGACAGCAGCUGUUUAGCUUUCAGCACAGAGUUCUGCCGCUCAGCCACGUCGACACUUUAUGGAUCAAAGGCAGCUUAAAAAUCACAAAACUUGCCUAAAACAAAAGACUUUUAGACUUUUACUCUUCAGAAGAUCACAGACGUUUAUAUUUAUCCAAAAAUGCUUUUAUAUGUGUUUAAAAUUGUUCUACUUUUGGCUUACUUUGUUGAUAUAGUUUUCUGUUUUUAGUUGUGAACCUCAUCAUCACUACUGACUUCAAUCUGAUUUUUAUUUGAAAAAUCUAAUAAUUAGCUCAUGUUUUCUCUCAAAAUUACAGUUUCAUUGCUUUUUGUUAUUUUACGUUCUACUUUGGCUACAAACAUUAUUCUUUUGUUUUUUAUUCUUCCAAUCAUAAUUCAUGAACACUACAUACUUUCUGACUUUACAAAUUAAACUUUCUCUACUACAUUGAAACUUCACUGCUAAUAUGAAGAUACUGUUGGGUUUACUACCUCAGUCCAGUUAUUCAUUACCAAAUUAGAUUUCUUUACUUUUAAAAUGUAACCUCUUUGUUUUAUUUUAUGCAAUUGCACAAUAAAACUAGUUUUGAUGUUUGCAUUAUAGGAGAUUCAGGUGAAAAUUGUCAUUCUUUGCACAGAUUUCAAUGUGUCAUGUCUUUUUAUAUUUUGUAAAAUAAAUAAAUGAUUAAAUGUCUGUUUCUGGGUGGAUGAAAUAUUGUUAUUAUAAUAUAUUCAGUUUACUUUUUUUUAAAAACAAAAGUUGUAAUACAUGUAACAACGUGCUCGGCUUCAACAUUAAUGAUGCCCAAAUUCAUCAGUCUUCAGUAGCUAUUGAUGGUAUUCGGAGCUGAUAGGUCUCUUUUUUGGACAUGGGACAAACUAAACGAAACAGAAAAUUAAAUGUUGAAUAGAAUAAUAAUAUACAUCCUUCAAAUAUGCUCAAAAUCUAAAUAUUUUUUUGUUUUUCUGUUUUUCACUGUGCUGCAGUUUGCAGCAGAAUCUUUUAUAUUUUCAUCAUGAUGUAACAUUUUCAGGGUUUUGCAGGCUGCAUGUCUUUGUAAUGUAAAGCACACAACAGGAAAUGUGUAAACUGGUGUGUAAUUACGGCGGCAUGUUAGGCUAUUGUAGAUAGGGGGAAAAAAUGCACA